CUGUACUCGACUCCGAGGAGGGGAGUAUAAUUACAGCGUUUCGCUUCACAUUAGAAAGACUUCAAAGAAACUAAGAAGCUUCGUAUUUCAUGACCAGAUAAGUACAGGAAUUCAUGCGCAGGAAGUUAAAUGUCACAUAUUGUGUCCAGAUAUUUUGUGUUAUCUAGAUAAGUGAUUUUACUGAAACUGUUAGUCAGUUUUGUUGAACUCACCAGAUGUAUACGUGUGUGUGUGUUGAGAGAUAGGUGAUUUCACACUAUAGUCAGACAUUAAACAAAACUCACAGAAAAAAUAAUUUAAUACAUCAUCAGCAAUGCUUAAGAGAUCCCUGAAGCCACCGCAUAUGUAAAUUGUGGCUUAUUACCUGGAUGACGUCAGUGUGAGGAUUUGCAAGUGGCUUGUAUAGGCCUUACUGGCACGAUCAUCUGCGCCACAUCACUGUCAUUCAGAUAUGCUGAUGCUACCGAGGUCUGAAUGUUACCAUGGCAGCACACUGAAUCACAUCUGACCCACACACUGAGCUGUGAAAACACUGAUAAUAAUGACUGAUUUGUCAUGAAGGGUCCUAAAACCAACUAAGGUGUCUGCUUCUGACUGCAGUUGUUAAACACUUGCAUGGAUUAUAAAGCCUCUCUGUCCCUGAGGUUGCCUCUUUGACAGUGGUGAAACUGGUACAAUAUACAGGAUUUUAAAGUACGGACACAUACAAAAAUAAUCUAUAUCAAUGGUUAUUUGUAAUUCACUAGAUGUGUGUGGUAGUGUUUGUGUCAGCAGAAACAAUGUUGUUUGCUUGUAUUUUCUUAUUUUUAUUGUUUUGGGAUGUUUCUAGAAUGCAACCUUUGGCCAGUGGAUGUGUAGCCUCCAGCCAACUCAGGCAGCGACCAGUUGUGUUUGGUUGGACAGGGAAUGCUGGAGGGUCUGUGCUAGCACGGUUCUUCCUAGCUCGCGUUUUACGACCGGAGGCCUGCGUGGUGAUUCUCCUGUGUCGAGGAUUUCUGUAGCUUAGUGGGUAGAGCAUGGCGCUAGCAACGCUAAGGUCAUGGGUUUGAUCCCAGGGAUUGCACAUACUUCGACUCAAAUGUGUAGUAUAAUGCAAUGUAAGUCGCUUUGGAUAAUAGCUUCUGCCAAAUAUGUAAAUGUUUUACAGGAAACAGAGAAGGAAGCUGUAAUCAUCAUCUCACGUCAUCUUUACCAUUCCCACUCCUGCAUUUUCAUUACACUGAAACUACCAAACCGUGAAUAGAUAUCAGCCGGAGUGGACAAAGGUUCAUGUGUUUGAUCUCACACCCUCCCCUUUACAGAACACCACAUCACACAGUACUGAAGAAGAGAGAUGAGCAAAACAUCUGAAGAUCUUCUGAUCAUCUAUGAGUCUGAGGCAGAGCAGUGGGCAUCAUACCUGCGCUUCCACCUGGCAGGUUCCAUUCCUGAGUCCGGCAUCUGUUGUUAUGACAUUGCUAUGGUAACCAGUCGCAAUGAUGACUUCCUACGACUGGCAGGGUACAAAUGCAAGCUGCUUAUUCUGUCGCGGGGCAUGCUGGAGGGUGUGUGCCAGCUCCAACGGUUCUUCCUGGCUCGCGUUUUACGACCGGAGGCCUACGUGGUGAUUCUCCUGUGUGGAGUGGAAAGCAUUGAUCCUCUGCUGGAGCUGGUUCCACUGAAGGGCGAGAGCUGUCUUCAGAUCUCCAGCGAGCAGGAACCCCAGGAGUACCGCUCGGCUGUGACAGAGAUUGUACACCGAGGUGGACAGAUGCCGGUCCAGGAGCUGAAGCUUGAGAAGAAAGUUUCUGCUGGCUCGCUCGCUGCAAAACCCUCUUUACUGGUCCUACCCAAUCGCAUGCUAUGUGAGAGUCCAGGGGAGAUAUUCAUUCUACUGCAGGAGGUCAUGACCAUCAAAGAUGCAGAGGUGGAGUUCAGUGGAAAGAAGCAGACAGUGAGAGUGAAACCUGUCAACUGGAAUGAAAGCACACUCUGUGUGUAUGCCCCUGACUUCACCGUUGGAGAUGUGUGUGUGACGCUCUACUGUCAAGGAGUGGUUAAAGGCAAGGGCUGUAUACAAUACUACACCAUGAUGGGAGAGGUUGCUCACUGUCUUCAGCAAGCUGCAGAUCCUGUUAAAUUCAUGUGCCAGGCCUUUCAGGUUCCCUCCAUGGAGAAGCUGGAUAAAACUCUGGCAGCAUGUCUGGUGCAGAAAAUGCCGACAGAAGGUUUUCAGGGCCUGCAGUGUGAUCAGCUUCCAUCCUGGGAUGGCCGUGCUUCCAAUGUUCCAGAGGAUAUUCCUACUCUCCUGCAUUUUGCCGCCCAACAUGGAUUGCGAGAUUUGACUAGUGCUCUCCUGCAGUGUCCUGGAGCAAUCCGAGCCCUAAAGACCCCUAACAGCUAUGGAUACACACCCCUAGAUCUUGCACACAUGUAUGGAUACAAGCAGCUCCACAUCCUUCUCAAAGAGUCAUUGGAAAAUAAUGAUGGCAAUGGUGUAUAUGAACUGAUGGGCAGAGCAGAGAAUCUUCAGAUGGAUGAUGCUGAUGAGCAAUGCCAAAACUAUGAUGAAGAUCCAGAAAAUAUCUAUUCUCCUCUGGGUAGAGAUGAAGAAGAGUAUGACACCAUUCUCACAUCCAGCGGUUCCUUAGUAAUGGCAAACCGACCCCCUGCGCCAACUCCUCGACCCGAUUGUCUGUCCACCCCAGAGGAUAAGACUCCAUUCAUCGCACAAGUUUUCCAGAAGAGAAAGUCACAAGAUGAAACGCUAUACUCUCUUCCACCAAGACAAGCAAAGGCGAGAGACAGCAUCUCAUCCACGUAUGACACCUUUGUGCCCACUCAGCCGCCAGGACUGGACGAGCUGAUCAAACUUCAGGAGCAGGUGAAGACAGGCGCUCUCAGUAUAGAUGAUGCUCUUGAUCAAUUCAAUGACUGGCAGAGGCUUCAGAGAGGAAUGGACAGCAUCCAACAGGAGAAAAUCCAGCAGAUGAGGGCCAGUAUCAUUAACAACAGAGAGCCCAAUGAAAGUGUCUACGAUCAAAUCAGCAUCGUUCAUCACUCAACCCCGUCUACAGAUGAGUAUAGAAGAGCAAGCCAGCAAAUGGAGAGCGAUUUCUACAGCAAACCUCUUAAAGGCCAGAAUUCACAUAUCUUCAAGAAGACAGACAAACGGUGAAAGUACAGCAGGCUCGGGAGAAGCGAUGACUGUCCUUCUGUAAGAUCCUUGAACGGGUUUUCUAAAAUGUCAUUAGCCCCCCAGUGGAACGCUUCAAUCCUACCACCUCUCCCCGGUUCUGCUUUGCUGCCCCCUCUCCCAAUCUACCCAUUCCCCAAAAGGCAAACAGCAUCUGGUGCAAGGGCAAAGGUACACAGGACAACGUGGCCCCUGCCGACCCCUCGCCUGUCUGAUCAGGGGCCAGAAGAGACCCCCGGAGUGUGGCUGUACUCUUGCGUCUGCGCCUGAAAGCCCCUGCGCUGGAGCUUUGGGUAGAUUAGCAGCGCUGGUUCCCACUGCAGAGCUUUUGUGCAGCAGCGCCCAGGCGAGGCCAAGCUGUCCGCGGCCGCAGGGAUGCGCUAAUUCCUCCGCAGGUCAGCGGCUCUGCAUUUCCAAGCAGCUCCUAAAAGGUCAUUUCCGUUGUGGAGCAGCCACGGCCAUUGGUGCCUCUGUAAAGUCCCGGUGACUUCCCCAAGGUCGGCUCAGAGAUUGAAUCAAAGCCUGCGAUGAUAAACAAGCUGAAGGCUUUAUCUUUGAUUUAUUUAUUUUCAGAUGGACUUUUAUCUUUGAAGAUGAUAGUUGUAUUUUUGAAAGGAUGUUUUGACUGCUUGAUGGGCCCUGGUAAAGGGCCGUAGUGGGUUGUGCUGUGUUGGGGGAGGGUUGAUGUGGUAUGUUUUUGUGAUUGAACAAAUACUCCAAAGCAUAAAGGGUCAAUGGCAGAACAUAUUUAUCUUUCAUAAAUGCUUGGACCGUUUCCAGCCCUCAUGGAUGCUGAAGAUCUUAACAUAAUGGAUGUAUUCUGAAAGUUUGCUUUGCUCGUAAUAUUUAUACUCCGUCCGUGCACCAGACUGAUGCCACGUAUAAUCUGCAGUGCAUAAAAUAACAUGCCUGGAGAAGAAAAUGAUGCAUCGUAUUAAUAAUAAAUAUCUUUUAGGAGAGAUGUCGUUUGAUCCGUGCAUUUAUUAAAACAGGGCUGCAAACACAUGUUCUACAUCCAUUUGAUCAUUACAGCACCUGGAUGGACAGUAACAGCAAAAUUACAGCAUCGCAAAACGCUCUCAACAACAACACAGUGGCAAGAUCGCUCCGAUUUCAAUAACAGACCCCCGUUCCUCAGAGAGGGUCUCACCAGAAUUAUCUGUGCUCCUCAGCAAUGAAAGAGAUUAAUUGUCCCACCACAUGUGCAAUAAUAGCUUGACUCCGUGCCCAACCAAUCGAGUGUGCAAUGGCAAUCCACAGAGUAAUUGAGGUGAUUUGGCAAGCGCCGCCUCGCAUACAUUGUUCCAUAAAGACAUCAUCCUAUGUCGCAGGAGGACUGCCCACAUAUUGCCUCAGCGAGGCUUUUGCCAAGGAAGUGGUGUAAAUAUGAACUGGGACACUGAGUGAUCAAACAAAAGUACAAUGGAAUGGUCUCUGUCAGCAUUGUAAAUCUGACCGGGCUUCUCACCAGCACAAGCAAUAAACGCUGAUGAAUCUGUAAAAUGCACUAUAAGUGUUGCCUCUGGCCUAACAUUAGCCUUCUGCACAUGUAAAAGAUAGCCAUGAUGUCCUUAGAAAGCUGAAAAUGUGUCUGACAAUACACCUGCCCACUCCUGUUUAACAAAGACAAUCCAUUUAUAACGCACACACGUGUCUUCGCAUUUAUCUCAUGUGAUAGUGUCAAUACAGUGAAUGA